UUUUGACGUUUAUUAUUACCGUGCUACCUAUUGUUAUUGUUUCCAGAAGUUGAUUUUACGACAAAAUAUUGCUGAAAAUCUAUUUCUGUAAACAUAUUUCUUCUAAACUAACAUGGGGGUAGAUGUAGAAACCAUUACAGCUGGAGAUGGGGUUACUUUUCCUAAGCCUGGUCAAACUGUGGUGGUGCACUACACUGGAACACUAGAAAAUGGUACAAAGUUUGAUUCGUCGAGAGAUAGAGGACAGCCAUUCAAGUUUACGUUAGGAAGGGGCGAUGUUAUUCUAGGAUGGGACCAAGGAAUCUGCAGGAUGUCUGUAGGUGAGCGAGCUAAAUUGGUUUGUUCCCCAGACUAUGCCUAUGGGUCUAGAGGGCACCCAGGCAUUAUUCCACCAAACGCUACCCUAAUAUUUGAUGUCGAGCUAAUACGUGUUGAAUAAUUGUUAUGAACAAGUACUAUGCACUACGGAAAUACUCAAAUGAAACUCAAUUUUUGUUACUAGAGAUUUUGGUUUGGCAGUAAUAAUUUUUAUAUCUCGACGCUUCCAAACAAUAACCCAGUAAUCGAUAAAUCAAAAUUUUACAGGAGAAAAGAUUUACUGAUUUUAUCAAAUACCUUUUCAACGAGUGGGACUAUUGAAGUCAUUGAUGUGUUAAAUGAAAGCUAUUUUUUUGCGGAAUAUACCUGUGCCAUUAAAAUGACAUUCCUUUUAUUAAAUACCUAGUAAUUUAGGAAAAUAAAUAAUACCUAAAAUUUUAUACAUAAAAUAUUAUGGUAAUAGUACUUACGGGAUUAUUGCAGUAAAUUUAUCAAAUGAAAUAUUUCAUAACAUUAUAUUAUGGACUUCUACGGGGUUUUUUUUUAUCGUGGGGCUGAUACAUAACGUGUUUUUACGGAGUUAUUGUGGUAAUUUAAAAUAUUAUUUAAAUUACCACAAUAACUUUGGCUCAUUAAUGUACGUAAUAUAAAAUAUUACGUACAUUAAUGAGCCAAUACCAAUCUUCAAUAACAUUGUUAGUGUGUAUUACGGAAUACGUAUUUUACAAUGAAUUCAACAAAAACCCCGUACACACGUACAACCUAAAUCUUCAUGAAAAUUAUUUACGGCAAUAACCCGGUAAUCGCAACUUACCAAAAUAAAAUAUAAAUUGUUUUUUCGUACAGAUGUAUAACAUGUUUUUUGCCGAGAUAUUAUUGUGUAUUAAUUCCCAACAAUAAACAUGUGCGUCAUGAUAUCUUUGUAACUAUUAUUAGGAAAAAUCUGAGAAAAAUUGUCAAGGUGUAUUCAAGUCCAUACGCGCCGAAAUUGACAUAACAGCAUAAACCCGAUAAUAGCACAUUACCGAGUUCUUGGUUGGGAGCGUCGAAUUCUAGACUUUGUGGUUUGGUACAGAUAUUAAAGUUUAAAGUCUGUUAAUUUUACAACCUCAAUCGGAGUCUAUAUUUGUUUUAUUAAUUUUUAAAUAUAAAACUGAUAAAUAUUUGUAACUUUAAAGUUUCAUAUACAUAAAAUUGACAAUGGAAACAUGAAGUAAUAUUUGAGUAUUUCACACACGAAAUAAAUGUUAAUAAUUAUUGUCAUUAAAUGUUUAUAAUAUAAUUAUUUAAAACAGCAUUAGGUUUGUGACUUACAUGUGAUGUUAUUGAAUACUCCGCUUUAAGUGUAGUUUGCUAGAGUUCAUUUUAUAACAGGAAACAUGAUCAUGGAUAAGAAGACUUGUAUUAAUUAAGGAUUGUAUUGGCAUAAUGAUGGUGAAUAGAAAGUCAUGUAAACUGUUUUCAAGUUGAUGAUAAUCGGUCAUGCAAAAAUGAGUCUUGUGAAAAUCUAUGAGAAAGACCAUGUAUGUGAAUUAGCACAUAUUUUCAUAUUUUGAUGGACAAGUACUGAUGGAUUAUAAUUGUAACAUACUAUAGUGUUCAAAUGCUCUAAAAUCUUAAAAUACAUAAUGAGAAAUAAUAGGUAUUUAAAACUCUAAAUUAAAUAUUAUUUUGGUGUUCAGUAAAUACGGUAGAUAAUAUGAAAUGAAGGCGAUUAAAUUGAUAAGAAUUCCAAAUUACAGAUUUUGCAAAUGAAAACAGGUUGACUCUGAAUUAAACAAUAAUUGGGAGUUGUAUAAUAAUCUAAUUAUGAAUAUAAGUGGUAACCAUAGUAAGGAGAACAGCUAAUUAGACCUCUUUAGUAGAUAAAGAGUAUAAGCUUUGACCAUGUUUGCUGUGAUGGUGUUAAAUUCACAAACAUUUUGUAUUGUAAUGAUUAAAAAUAAAUGGAAUUUUUUGAUAUAAGUACAGAUGCCAGCUGAUAACAGACCUCAAAAUGCUUUCUACCUCUCUCUAGAAACAUCCUAUGAGGUACAAUAAAAAAACUUGUUCAUUGUUGUCUUAUUUAGAUCUAUGAUUAGGCAAACCACUGGUUAAUGGAUUUUCAAUGUAAUUUCAGUAGUAUAUGGUUGAAAGAUGUUUAAAGAAUUUUGAGUGUCCGGUAGCUUUUUAGACUGGUAUCUGUACUUGUAAUAUUGUUGUAACUACUUGUACCUAAUUGUAAUUUUUUUGUGCUUAGCUUUCUAAUAGUGUUGCUAGUGGUUUAAUUUGACGAAUAGAUCAUAGUAGUAUGCCAUAAAAACUUCUUAGAUGAUAAAAUGAGCUUUGAUCUUUUUUGUAGUCUGUGCAUAAGUGUAAUCUUUCCUAUGCUCUAUAAUUUUACUUGAAUGAGCUUGUUAGCACAAAGUAUAGGAAUUGUAUAUAAUUUUAAAAAUUAUUUCAUCCAGUGUCUGCUUUGCUGAAAUUGUUAUCUUAAUUUUAUUAAUCAUUAUUGUAUUAUGUAAUAAAAGAUUUUAUUUAA